ACACAAAAGUUGAAAGCCCAAUAACAAUCGGAUGCUACAGUGCUGGGCGCCCGACCCAAUUGUUCCAUAGUUCCAUCGAAGGACGAACCUGAGUUCACUGGGGACUGGUAGAGUUUUCACCCUGAGCUAAGUCUCCUCCUCAGUACUGUAAUUUCGCCAGGCUGAAGUGAAUUGUUGGGUGCAAAUCUUGUUGCCCUGGGUGGCGAGCUUGUUGGAAAAUGACAUGUGACGAAAAUGUUUGACGAAAUGCGUGUUUGACAUGUUAUGCCGAUUCAUUUAGAAGGAGGCGUUUGGAAUUUGUGCUUAACUUUUCUUUUCUUGGGGAUCGAUAUUCUUCUUAUGAUGGAAGCCAAAUUCUUUCGCUUUCUUAAGAUUGUUGGAGUUGGUUUCAAAGCUAGAGCAGAAGCUGAAGGGCGACUCCUGUACCUCAAACUUGGUUAUAGCCAUGAAGUUGAGCUGACUGUACCUCCAGCAGUGCGUGUGUUUUGCUUCAAAAACAAUGUCGUAUGCUGCACUGGAAUUGACAAGGGGAGGGUGCAUCAAUUUGCUGCUGCUGUCCGUAGUUGUAAGCCUCCUGAAGUUUAUAAAGGCAAAGGCAUCAUGUACAUUGAUGAAGUUAU